UCAAUUCGGAGUUUGCCUGGGUGUACUGCCGACCCUUAUGUGCACAGUUUAGCUAUAUAACUAGAAAAUUGAUCUGCAGGCGCCAUAACGCGGACAAAUCUCAAGUCCGUCGAGUUAUAUCGAACUGCGAGAUAUAUCGAUAUCGAUGCAUUCGAGAUUCACAUGUACUUAUCUCCCGCCAAAAAUCACAUGUCGAAUCGAACUAGUGCGACAAGAAGUGGCAUUUGCGUGUUUAUGCUAACAAAGGUGUUUUCCAUAGAAUUGCAGCAAUAAUGGACGAUUCGCAGCCAUCUACCUCUGGCAGAACUAAGCGUCAAAAGAUUGAUAAAACUGGCAGACUCUCAGCUUUAGAAAGAUUGAAAGAGCUUCGAAGUGGUGGAAAACGCAAAUAUGAGAUUGAAGAGUUAGAAAAUGUAUAUGAUGAAGUCGAUGAGAAAGAAUAUAGCAAUACUGUCCUGAAACGUCAGCGGGAUGAUUGGAUAGUUGACGAUGGAGAAAGUGGAUAUGUUGAAGAUGGGAGGGAGAUCUUUGAUGAUGAUCUAGAUGAAGAAAGCAUUCAAGAAGCAAGAAAACAAAGACAUCAUAAUAUGGCUGGACCUAGAAAGAAAAGAAAGGAAGAAAAUGGGAAAAAAGGGGAUAUUCAAAGUAUGAUUAGAAAUAUGCCCUCUAAGAAAAACAUCAAUGUAGUGGCUAAAGAUGAUGAUAUUUUGGGAGAGUUGCUUAGCGAAAUCUCUACAAAUAAGAAGACAACAAAUAGUCCUAAACCAGCAAGCAGCAAUAAAAAUAAAUUUUGUCAUACAGUUCAUUCGGGCAGCAUACAAAAUUAUCAGAUUUUAUCCAUGAACCAAAAAAUAGAUGAUAAGAUAGUAUCUAAAAAGCUAGAAGAACAAAACAUGGUGAAACCAGUGGAAUCUAACACUAUUACACAAAGUGCAAGUCAGAUAAUUGAGGAUAUAGAUGAUACUGUAAUAUUUGAUGCGCCGCAAAAAAAGAGUGUUAAUAAAUCAGCCAAUAAUUCUUUGAAGGUAGAAAAUAGUUCAAAGCCAGAAAAACAAGGUAUAAAAAAUUUGGAACCUAAUAAUGUUGCACAAAGUGCAAGUCAGAUAAUCGAAGAUGAAGAUACUGCUGUAAUGAAUAUUAAUGAAUGUGUGGAGGAUCUGUCUACUAUAGAUUUCGAUGAUGGAAGCAUGGAUAUGGAUUUCUCAUUGCCGGCGAAUAAAACUGUUACAUCUCAAAAGAAUGGAGCAGACAUACAGACUUCUACAUGUAAAACUUCUGUCAAAAGUCUGAAAAUCGGUAACGCUGUUGACCUAACAGAAGUGGCACCACAGUUGAUUAAAACAAAAGAUGAGGAAGAAGUAUUCAGGUUCUAUUAUUUAGAUGCAUACGAAAAUCCAUAUAAAAAUCCUGGAACUGUAUAUCUUUUUGGCAAGACCUAUGUACCGAAUCACGAUGUAUAUUGUUCGUGUUGUGUUAUGGUACAUUAUAUACCAAGAAGAAUAUAUCUCUUGCCUAGAAAAUAUAUGAAAAAUAACGAAUCACAAUUAACUACCAUGGAUGACGUGUAUAAGGAAUUUGAUGAAUAUGCCAACAAGACGCAUAUAAUGGAAUACAAUUGCAAGGAGACGAAAAAGCAUUAUUCUUUCGAGAAGGAGGGUACACCUAAAAUUUCUGACUAUUUGGAAGUUAGAUAUAACGCGCGUUAUCCAGCAAUCGAUGCCGAUUACUCGGGUCCGGCAAUAGAACGCGUCUUUGGCACAACAGUGAAUGCAUUAGAGUUGUUACUUAUAGAACGAAAGAUUAAAGGACCCUGCUGGUUAGACAUUAAGAACAUAUCACCCACCGCGGGACGGUUUGCCUGGUGUUCGCAAAUAGUGCUUACCUCAGACAUGGACAAUAUAUCGGUGUGUUCUCAAGAGAAAUCCAAGCCACCAAUGGUCAUAGCAACCCUGAAUGUGAGGAUGUCCUUGAAUACAAAACUGCAAAACGAAGUGGUGAUGGUUGUUGUAUUGAUUCAUCACAAGUAUAAUAUUGACAAGGAACCGCCAAAACCACCUUAUGAGCGUCAAUUUUGCUUUGUUACACAUCCGCGAGAGACCCCGUGGCCGCGACAAUUCCGGGAUGCUUUCUUGAAGAUCGCAAAUAUUGAAGUAAUAAAAUGUGAAACAGAAAGUGAAUUACUCGAAGAGCUGUUAACUUUAAUGCAGAAAGCAGAUCCAGAUUUAAUAAUAGGCUAUGACUGUGCUUUUCAAUUUGAUGUUUUGAUGCAAAGAAUGUUUGCAUUAAAAGUGUCAAAUUGGAACAGAAUGGGAAGAUUAAAAUCAACAACUCCUCCCCUAUUUAGAGGGAAGAUAAUUCUCAAUCAAGCGUUUGUCGGUCGUCCAAUUUGUGAUAUACAAAUCUCGGCAAAAGAAUUGAACUUGAAAGUUAGAAGUUAUGAUCUGCAAUCGCUUUGCAGUGCAGUAUUAAAGACAAAGGAACAUGAAUGUAAAGAGAUCACGCCGGCGGAGACUCCGUUGUUCUACAAUACAGCGGACAAAGUUCUGAAUCUAAUGCACGCGACGUUAAAAGAAGCGAGAUAUAUUACAACCAUAGUAAUGGAUCUCAACAUUAUACCGCUUGCACUUCAAAUCACCUGUCUAGCUGGUAACAUCUUAUCGAGGACACUGUUAGGCGGAAGAGCAGAAAGAAAUGAGUAUUUGUUGUUACACGCUUUUCAUUUGAAGGAUUACAUAACUCCGGACAAGAAAAUUGAGAAGAAAGGACGAAACGACGAUGGUCCACGUAGAAAGGCUGCGGCAUACGCUGGAGGUCUGGUACUCGAUCCAAAGAAAGGCUUCUACGACAAGUUGGUAUUGCUGAUGGACUUCAACUCUUUGUAUCCGAGUAUCAUACAAGAGUAUAAUUUGUGUUUCACCACUGUGCCUGGUGCAGCGUACGCCGACGUCGAGCAAUUGAAUAUUCCUGAAUCGGAUCUGGAGGCCGGGGUGAUUCCGACCGAGAUUUACAAAUUGGUCAAAAGCAGGCAGCAGAUCAAACAACUGAUGAAAACGCCGAAUCUAUCGCCGGAACAAAAAAUGGAUUACCAUAUUAGGCAGAUGGCAUUGAAACUUACAGCCAAUUCCAUGUAUGGAUGUCUGGGAGCGACACAUUGUCGAUUCUACGCCAAGGGUCUCGCUGCUCUGAUAACCGCUAAGGGUCGACAGAUUCUGGAGGAUACAAAACAUUUGGUUGAGAAACUACAGUACGAGGUGAUUUAUGGUGACACUGAUUCCUUGAUGAUAAACACCAACAUUUUGGAAUACGACGACGUUUUCUCGAUUGGCAGAAAGAUUAUGCGGGAAGUCAACAAUCGAUACAAAAUCGAAUUAGACAUAGAUGGUGUGUUCCGAUACCUGCUGCUCUUGCAAAAGAAGAAAUAUGCCGCCGUUGCAAUGACGAAAUUGCCAAAUGGUCAGAUACAAUUAGCGCAAGAACACAAGGGUCUAGAUAUUGUGAGAAGAGAUUGGUGUCCAUUAGCCUGCGAUACUGGAAAGAAAGUUUUAGAUAUACUUCUUUGCGAUCAAUCGAGCGAAACGCGUUUGGAGCAGGUCGUUCAGAUUUUGCAGAACGUAGCGAAAGGCGUGAAAGAGGGAACGACGCCGUUGUCAACAUUUGUCAUCACUAAACAAUUGUCAAAAAAUCCAGACGCAUAUCCAGAUAAAAAGCAAUUGUCUCACGUGAUAGUAGCGCUGAGAUUAAAUAAAGCAGGUGGUCGGAUGUGGAAAGCCGGCGAUACGCUACCAUAUGUUAUAUGCGAGGAUGGAACAGCCGCUAGCGCGACAGAACGAGCCUAUCACAUUGAUGAAAUGAAGAAUAAUGAGAAAUUAAAGAUAGACGUCAAUUAUUAUUUGCUGAGUCAAAUAUUCCCUGUGAUAUUACGAAUCUGCGAACCGAUCGAAGGCAUCGACGAUGUCUUCUUGGCUAAUAAUUUAGGUUUACAAUUCGUUUACAAACCAAAAGCGUUAGCUUGCGAAGCAACUCUGAACCUACCAUUGGCUAUCAAUGAUGAUAGAUUCAACAAUUGUCUUCCUUUAACAUUCAAGUGUAAAAAUGAACGAUGCAAUACGGACAUAGUGAUUACAGAUACCGUAACAGAGUUUCAUUCUGGUCGGCAAUUGUCGCUCAAUAUGUGCCCUAAUCAGGAUUGUAAAUUACCACCAUGGAAAUAUGCAAACGUGAUACAGAAUGUGAUUCAACUUGCUAUAAGGAAAGCGAUCAGCAAAUAUUACAGUGGUUGGUUGGAAUGCGAGAAUCCGCUUUGUUCCAACCGAACAAGAAGAUUGCCGUUAGAUUUCGCGAAAAAAUUUCCGGAUUGUCCAGUAUGCAAAGACGUUUCCAUGAGCAAAGUUUAUUCCGGGACGGAUCUCUACAAUCAAUUAUACUAUUAUCACAAGAUGUUUGAUAUUAGCCAACCGGUUUACAAACAUUUGUUGUCCCAGUGUUCACGAGACAUGAUCGCCGCGUACAACACCCUGAAAGAGGCGAUCGACAAACAAUUGAAACGCAACAAGUUCUCGUGCGUAAAUAUUACGGGUAUAUUCAGCGGCGCCAGUUCUAACGCAGCAAUGUUUGGCGGUGCUGGCGGAACGCAAGAGGAUUUCGACGAAUUGGGUGAUUUAUCCGACGACACAGACAAGGAGAUUUAAAGAGAAAAAUACGCAUCGAUUAAGAAAUAACAGACAAAUCGAAGGAAAGACUGCACGCGUUAAAUCAUUAAAUUAUUUUUAAUUUUAUGCAUUUCAAGAUAAUACCGACUCUGUAUAUACAUAUAUAUGUAUCUAUUAUGCGUGCGCCUCGAUAGUCUUUUCCUGGAAAAAGAAAAUAUAUUACGUCUCGUAUGGUGGCAAUCCAAACUUCUCCGGCUGAAAGUCCUCGAGACUGUUCAGAACCAAAGUCGCUUCGUUCGUGUAAUGUUUGGGAAGCAUCGGAUCCGGCACCAUAACGACCUGCAUUCCAGCGUUUAGUGCAGCUUUCACCCCGUUUGGCGCGCAUCCUCGAAGACCAGACACUAAAAGAGUUUGCAAACAAUUAACAGUUUCAAUCACGUCUAUCAGUUAUUAAAUAUAAAGUAUUUGAAAGCUAUUCGAAGAGUACAUUACCUUCGAAGGAUCCGGAUUGUCGUCGAAACGCUUGGCGGCCGUGAAAAAUAUAUCGGGUGCCGGCUUUCCGUGUACAACCUCAGAAUCCGAGCCGCCGAUCACUUUGUGAUCAAAGAUCUCGAAGAGAUCAUGCCAACGCUGGGUUUUCAAAUCAUAAUUGUGUCGGUCGGAGCUUGUGGCCAAAGCAAUCGGAACGUUGUUUUCCUUUAGAUGCUUCAAGAGCCGUACAGCGCCUAUUAUUUCGGACAAGAUCCGAUAUAUAUUGUCACUCGAAAUAUACGUUGCAUUAUAAAAUCGUGGAAUUCGUUUCGGUAUAGAGUACCUGGCAUGGUACUAGUGUGCGGAAACAAUUCCUUGAAGAUCCCGACAAUCUCUUGCCAAAACUCCUCGGCCGUUAUUGGGAGCUCCAACUCUUCAACUGCAAAACUAGCAACGUCCUUGGUUUUGAAACCCAUCGUUUUUGCUUUGUGGUCCCACGUGAAUUCUUUACCGUAACGAUUGAUGAUACGAUUGAAAGCCUUGGUGUAUAGAUGUUCUGUAUCUGUAAAAAAAGAAAAAAAUGCGAUAAGUUAACUCUUAAAUAACUCUUAAAUUAACGAUAAAUUAACUUAAAUUUUAUUUACCGAGCAACAAACCGUCCAUGUCGAAUAUGCAAUGAGUGACCUUGUUGUAUGUAUCGGCCGACAUCUUGCGAUGUAAAUUCUCAAGUCGGGAUCUGGAGGAAUAUAUAAUAUUUCAAGUGCAACAAUGAUGACACGCGAGAUGAAGCAGAUGAGACUUGGGUGACAAGCGAGAAGACUCAUCUGUUAUACUCUAUAUUACGUAAACUGCCUUAUCUUACAUAUCAUCUAUUGCCUCAUCUUACGUCUUUUAUCUAUGUUAAUGAAUUUUUCCAUAACAUAUACUUUAUUCGUCAUGCUAAUGUGUCGAAAUCAUCGAAAUGUUACUGCACGCAAAGACAAGACGACGUUCGUUCCAAGUGAAUUUUAUGACAAAAGUGGGUUUAUAAAAUAUAUUUUUAUGUAUAGAUAUGAAAAAGGAAGUAUACGAUACAAUUAAAAAUAAUUGAGGUCACAUUUAUCGGUAUAUUUAUAUAAAGAGCCCCAUUUAGUGGCGCAGAUAAAUGUACUAAAUAUACAAAUAAUAUUACUAUAAAGUUAAUCAUA